AUGACAGCUUGGGUCACAAUUGUGUCGAAGCCUUCGGACCGCAUUCGCAACGUGGCUUCACACAACACCAGGUCCGGCGAUGACAAUGCGUCCCAUCGCCCUCAGAAGAUUGGGUCUCAAGAGGGUGCGCCAUUCGCUAAGCGGACUGAAGCGGGCAACUCAGCCGCGGUGGCCGGAAACGUUUCCAACGAGCCGACUCCUGCCGUUAACAGACCGGAACAAGGACGUGUUAUCGUCGUUGACGGAAACGAUGACAUGGUUCCCGUAGGUCCGAAUACCGCGACGUUCAGCGGCAAGGAGACCGAGGACGUAGUAAGCUGGUUACGCCUCAUCCGAUCCGAGCUACACAUGUCUCGCAACAACAAGGUCUAUGGACCCUCGCCGCGCAACGCCUGA